AAUGGAACAUUAAAAUUAUUGCACAACAGAAAAUGGAGUUAGAGUCUGCAAUGUUAGUUCUACAUUACCUAAUUGUGCAGCUGAAAAUAUUCUGAUCUAAGAAAGGAAAGUAUGAUAUCAAAUUGAAUUUUUAGGCAUUGUGGAUGUCAUUAGCAGGAUUACCUUAGUAUAUUACAUUGGAUUUGUCUUAAGUGCAAGAAAGACCAAAGUUUAUCAAAUGUUUUGGAUUUGAUUGUUGGCAUGAUUAUUAAAGCAAUCCAUCAGUCAUUGAAUUAAUGGUAUCUCUAAAUGGUGAAAAUUUUAUCACUUGGACUACUUUAUAUCCUGAAUUGAAAUAAGGAAUAUAAUUAUUUUAAAUCGAUCCUUUAGGAACUAGAUACCAGUUUAUUAAGAUAAUUAUAAAGGAGACUUUUGGUGCUUCUAAAACUUAUUUAAAUUAAGUAUAUUUGCUUGAAGAAUAUGCAAUGAUAAGUACAGAGAGUGUAACUGAAUCUUAGCAAUAAACUGAGAAUAAUAAUAGUUAAUAUAAACAAUAAUUUGAAAAAGAGGAACUUGAACAUCAUGAAAGAUCAGAUAGAAUGGAUAGAUUUGAUAGAAUAGAUAGAAAUGAAAGAAAUGAGAAAUAAGAUAUGAAAAUAAAUGAAUAUCAUGAUUUAGCACAAAAGAUUCAUAGUAUGGGAAGAGAAGUUGCUAGUUUAAAAUAGAGUCAUUAAUAAGGAAAAUCAAGUCAAUCAUAAACUAAGUAAGGGUUUCAUAAAAGUAAUAUUACAGAAGAAGUACCAGAUUCAUUUUAAAGAUUGACUUCAACAGAGAGAAUGGUUAUAGAUAUUUAGAGUAAGAAUUUGAAUGAGAUUAACAUAUUAAAAAAAGAAGUUUAAGAUUGGAAAGAUAAAUGUGAAUAAUUAGAGAGUCAAGUUUAGAGAUUAUUUAAAUUGGUUACUCAUAUUAAAGAAAAAUAAUAAGAAUAAGAAGAUUCAAUACAUAAAUAUAUAUAAUAGAAUUAAAGUGAAGUUAGUUUUGAUGCCAAUAAAAAAUAAGUAUAUAAUAAUGGUUAAGUAACUCCAUAAUAAAAUUAAUAAUCUUAAUAAAUGACUCCAACACAAUAACCUUAACAAUAAUAACAUUAAAUAAAUAAGUUUGAAGAAGUUAUUGAUAAAAAAAUAAGUGAAUUAUCUGGUAAUUUCUAAACCUUAUUUUAAUAAUAAGAAUCAAAAUUUAAGAAUCAAUAAAAAGAAUUAUUCAAAAGCUUUAAGGAUUUCAUUUAUUAAGAAUAAUAAUAAGAAAAGUAUAAAGAUUAUGAGAAAAAGAAACCAGUUUCAAGAGGAAGAUAAAAAGACAAAUCUGUUUCAAAAUCUUCAUCAGUUAAAUCAUCACAUAGUUCUUCAAGUAGUUCAAUCAUAAAUUUCAUAAAGUCAAAAAAAGUUUAUUCGAAAUCAAGAUAAUAAUCAAAAUCACAUCUUAAAUCAUAGCCUAGAUCCAGAUCUCCAAUGGAUUCUAAAGAAAAUGAUAGAUAUGAGAAUAAUAGACUAUCUCCUAAACAAAGAAAAGUGGCUAGCUUAUUGGGUAUUUUGUAAGAGAAAUUAUAAAGAAGAGUAAAUUUAUAUAAUUGAUUAAUUAGGCUAAGAAAAUAGAAUAAUUGAACUUAUCUUAAAGAAAAACAAGGAAGAGAAGUAGCAUAUAGAAUUCAAUGGAUAAAUCUAAUUCAUCUGAUUAUUGAU